ACAUCGUCAAUCGUCAUGCAAAUAAUCAUAACCUGUGCAUGGCAAUCUAGACCUCCAAGGGCAUAAGUCUCUCAAUCAAAAACAGUUUUGUUUUCUAUUUUUUCGACUGUGGGCUACUUUGACGGCAGAUUGCAGCCAAAAGUAUUAUGAUCAACAUCAACACCCGAUGCUCCAACUUCUAUCGAAAUCUUCAUUAUUCGUCGGGGUUGUUCUGCUACCUGUCAACCGAUUUUAGAAAAAACUUGAAAAUCUGCCGCGCCAUUUACAACUGAAAUAAAUUCUUUCUGAUUGAUGUCUUUAAUUUUUACGUUCAAUUUUACGCAUGCCUUUUUAAAAAACCUGUUAUUAUGGAGGGCCCUAAUUCAAGUACCUGGUACCAUGACCUCGCGCAAAGUGACUUACCAGACGAUGAGAAGAGGGAUCUCGUCAGAUCACUUACUUUACUUUUCGGUAAAGUGCACCAGAUGUCAAGAGGAGAGCUUGUUGCCAAUCUGAAAGAAAACAACCUGCAUACUGGGGGAAGUCGCGAUGUCUUGGUAAAACGGCUCAAAAACCAUUACAGAGUGCAAAAGCUAUCGUCUGUCAACGUUUUACCAUCAGUUAAAUUUGCACCCUAUUAUUUAGUUGUUGAUUUUGAAGCAACUUGUAACACAGUUAAUGCACCUGAUUACCCACAUGAAAUUAUUGAGUUUCCGGCUGUUCUUGUCAGCUCUAAAGACAAAGCUAUCAUUGAUACUUUUCAGUCGUAUGUUAGACCAGAAAUCAAUCCAACAUUAUCAGAUUUCUGUAUUCAGUUAACUGGUAUAACACAAGCAACAGUUGAUGCUGCAGACACCUUUGAAACAGUGUUACGGAAGUUUGAGGAAUGGAUGUCAAGUCAUGGCCUACAUUCCUCUCACAAAUGUAUUUUGGUAACUGAUGGCCCUUGGGACAUGGCUCAGUUUUUCCAUGGUCAGUGUAAAGUUGCUGGAGUGACGUACCCAACAUGGGCCAAGAGAUGGCUUAACAUUCGUAAAUCAUUUCGAAAUUAUUACAAGAAGAGAAUGCAUUACAACUUGAAAGGCAUGUUAGAAACCCUUGGCAUGGAGUUUGAAGGAAGGCCUCACUGUGGUCUAGACGAUGCUAAAAACAUUGCCCGCAUUCUGCUUGUAUUGAUAGAUGAGCAUGCUCCGCUUCAUAUUAAUGAACGCCUGACUCUUAAAGACUAUCGAAGUAGAGAAAAGGUUUUGCUAUCGUCUGCCACAGCUAUCGUCCAAAAGCGUACAAAUGGAAUGGGUGACUUGUUGGAGAGACUUCGCAAUGCUUCACUUGCCUGUUCUGCACCCAAGUCUUCAGUUGAUUGUACAUCUCCCAAAAAUACAUCUUCUCAGAAAGAAAAUGAUUCAAAAGAAAGAGGGCAGCACACUAAAGCAAAACAAGAAGAAAGUGCCAAUGAGGAUAAGGCACCAGAAAGCUCUUCUGAUUCUGAUCCCAAUGAAGAUGAGGUACCUAUACUUUGGACCAAUAAUAAAUUUUCGGCACUGAGAAAACAAGAAUAUGUUUGAACUGAAAGCAUGCUUUUGUGCUGUGUAAUGAAAGCUUAUUUAAUAAGCCAAUUAGAAUUUUUGUUUCUUGUGUCCAAGACUUGUGUAAUUUAAGAUAUGAAAUGAAAUAUCUAUGGAUUCAAUUUCAUGACAGUUAUGGUUUUGAAUGUUGCUGUGAUUGUAUAUACAUUCAACUGAUGUUGGCUGUUUAGUUUAUUUUUUCUUGGUGGUUUGCAUAUCUUUGUUUGGCACUAUUGAUCAGUUUCAUUUACCAAAAUACUUAAUUGUUAUAUUACUUACUUUAAGUUUGAUAAGUUCUGUGCCAGGCAUCAGAAGUGUUAGAUUUAUAUGAUCUAUUUUUGUAUUGAUAUGAACUUGUUACUGGAUUGUGUUAUGGUGUAGAACUUGUAGGAAAGAGCUGGUGCAAAGAAAAGAUGCAAUUGUUCUUAAUAUAUCUAUGAAGUACUUAUUCGCACAACAUCUUUGGAUAUUUAGUCAAUAGGAAAGGAACGCACUUGUGGAUUCUUCUUUAUUUGAUGUAGGCCGUGCUAUACAUGACUGGUUAUAAUGUACAGUAACAGGUUUUAUCAUCUUAAGCGCAACAGAGUUAAAUUCUCUUAGAUGUGUGCUGAUAUUCCAGCACUGCUUGGAUAUGCAACAAGUAACAACAAAUUAUUGACAGAAGGCUCAACUCACUUGCUUGUGUGAGGGUGCAAGUAAGGCAGGAAGGACAUGCAGGACAUCAAGUAUACUGAUUUUUUUCAGUAUUCAUAUGAUAUGUAAAUAUUGCUACAUUUCAAUCAGCUGUUGAAGAACUAGUGAAGACAUUAUCUUAGUUACAAAACUAACAUAGCAUCUAACUAUUAUAAGCCUUAAAAUACAUCUAUGUCCCUUAUCACUGAAUGAUUUGAGACAGCUAUCAAUAAUGCACCACUUUUCAUCUAUGAAAUCAAAACAUCUAUGAAUUUUUUUUCUGAUUGCCCCUUAUUUUGAGUGGGAUAGAAAGCUGAUGAAGGAUAUGGUUUCUAAUCUCUUAUUAAAUAUAGACAUGAGAGAUGAUAAAAUAUGAAAUAGAGAAAAUAAAUGCUUCCAGAGGCCUACAA